AUGGGGAGAGUUCUAUUCCGUGGCGGUACGAUCCUUACUCAUGACGCGAACGACCAUGUCAUUCCUAUCAAGAGCGACCUGCUGGUAGAAGAGAAGGUCAUCAAGGAGAUCUCGCCAGACAUCCGACUGCCAGCUGGCUCCGACGUCAGAGUUGUUGAUUGCACAAACAAGGUUGUGAGUCCUGGCUUUAUUAGCACACAUCAGCAUUUAUGGCAAUCAUUAUGCAAAUCGCUCUGGAGCGAAUACACUAUUCUCGAGUAUUUGUGCCUAGGCCUGUUUGACAAUGCGCACCACCAACCAAGCGACAUUUUCUGGGCCGAGUUGGGAGGAGCGCUGGAAGGAAUUGAUGCCGGCACUACAACCGUCAUGGACCAUGCACACUUUCACUACUCUCCUGAGCAUUCCGAGGCAGCAAUUGCCGCACUCGAAGCUUCAGGCUUGCGAGCAGUGUUCUGCUACUGCCCAAGCUCUCGACUGCAGAAACAUCAUCCUCUUGAGGUUGAUGGCGACAUAUUUUGCGAUUGGAGCAUGAAUAAGAUCAAAGACUUAGCUCAAAAUGCACCGUAUGGAGAUGGUCGUGUCCAGAUCGGCUUUGGGUUGGAUGAGUUCCGUUUCGAUCGAGACACGACAGUGAAGGUAUUCAAGCAGAUCAAGGCGUAUGGAAUUCGUCAUGUUACGACGCACUAUUUCCGAAGUCCCGCUGGAGCCAAAGACUCUCGACUGGCCCUGUUCGAUAUUUACGGUAUCGUCGAUCCAGACACGCACUGGGUCGUAUCUCAUGCAACCAAUCCGGCGCCAGGUGAUGCGAAGUUACUGGAGAAACACAACAUGUACAUGUCAGCGGCGCCGUCCUCAGCGAUGCAGAUGACUAUGGGCCACCCGACAGCCCUGUAUCAUCGAACGGAAGAUUUCUUCCCACGCGCGUCGGUUGGUGCAGACAGCCACGCGAUCUGCGGUUCCUCGCUGCCGUCCGAGAUGCGCAUCCUGCUGCAGGACGCACGUGCGCAGUUCAACGACUCUUUUGUCGAGCAAUGGAAGUCCCCUGUUAAGCUCAAUCGCAGUGUCGAAGAUGUCUUCAACCUCGCGACGGUCAAAGGAGCCAGAGCGCUCGGUAUGGCUGACCAGAUUGGACAGCUGAAAGUGGGCCUGGCGGCCGAUAUUGUGGUCUACGAUGGUUCCACGCCUGCGCUGUAUGGCGGCGCUCAAACUAAUCCUGUCACUGCCAUUGUGAUGUUGAGUAGCCCGGCAGACGUGGAGCUGGUUAUGGUAGAUGGCAUAAUUCGUAAGGAGAACGGAAUCCUCAAAGAUGUACGCACGGUGCCAAAGGAUCAGAGAUGGCGUGAGGGAGCGAGCGAAAAUCUCACUUGGACUGAGAUAUCAGCCAAGUUGAUUGAGAAGAGUAACACGAUGAGGGAGCGGAUCCACUCGGUGGAUGAGCAGCAGAUGAGGAAGGAUGUCAUGCAGUUUCUGCGUGUCGAUCCGGCUGUCGUUGUAGGAUAG